AUGGAUAUGAAUCGUGGAUAUCCAUUUGCCGGAGAGGUGCUGGAGCGAAGACACUCUGAUACGUGCAUCCCACAACAACCACCAAUGAAUAUGCUAAUCGUUCCCAAACAACCUCAUACCGCCGAAUAUACACACCCGCACUUCGCCAUGAUAUAUCUCGACCAUAACGGCCAAUGGCAACUACAAGCCUCGCCCUCAAUUGCAGGCUGUGAAGGCGCUAUCUUCACACCAGAUGUUACAGACCGAUUUAUCGAAAUGACUGGCCAGGCCCCACAGACCAGUCCGCAGUUUACAAACCCAGCCCAAGCACCUCACCCCCCUUGGGACGAGCAACCGUCUUCGGGAUGGGGCCAUGCCGGCCAGACGAGACAGGCCGAGAUGAUCCCGUUCCAAUGGUCGUCACAGCAAAGCCGAAAGAAGUCAAAGCGUUCCAGCGGCAUGCCUAGAGCUCGACCUAAAUCUAGCUCGCCGCCGCCUGCCACACCUCCACCCGGACGAACUGUUCUUCGUGUCGGUAACCGGGCGCUACUGCGACGGUACUACGAGAAGGCAUUCGAGGAUUUCCAGCAGCUCAACUGUCGCGCCAUCGCAAAAUCCUAUAUCAAGCUUGUCGAACCGAGGAAGCAGGUCCAUUACCCGUACAAUGGACGAAGGGUUAUUGCUGGUGUCUCACAGCGUGUUGACCCGGAGUUUACCAAGCCUGCGUGGUGGCCCGCCGGUGUCUUGCACAAGGAACCUGAUCAUUUGCUCAAGCCUGACCGACUGAGACUUCUUGUUCAUAUCCUCUGUGAAUUAAAGGAUAGCCACGGAGUCACAACAGACAAACUGCGUGACGCUGGGCAAGAUGUGAGACGCCAGAUCACUCCUGCCCACCGGCUACAGGUUCUAGACGAGAUCUACUUUGUGCGACAAAUGGAAGAACAGUUUCUGGAUGGUGAAAUCGACGCCAGUACCUUGAUCCAGGUAACACAAACACAUCUGCCAGAAGCAAUUUUCCAAGACGGCGAUGAACUAUCAUCCCGUGCACAUGCAGCACCAGCAACAGCGUCCGUGAUUGAGACCGAACAUGACAUGCACGAUGCAGGUGAUAACCCUGGCAUCUCCACGCUGGAAGAAGAUGACUCAAAGCUACACCACUCGCACAGUCUACCCCUCUCACCCACCACUAGCGACAACAUCACACCUGGUCCAAGCCAGCGCGCUGAUUGGAUCCGCAUGACGAUCCCCCAGCGCAGCUCUCCAUCCAACCACCAUUCACAUCACGAGCACACGUCAAUUUCUCACCUUCUCGCUGGUUCUUGUCCGAGUAUCUCCCCAUCCUUGGUGACUGCAUCAAAGUUGCAGCUGCAGUUCUAUAUCGCCGUUUCUGUGUCAUGCGCCAGUGAGUCCGGAGUUGUUUACUCUGUGGAUCGCCAACCACAAUUCGCCAUCAUCGCCCACACUCGCGCCUGGUUGGCACAUAUCUACUACGCUGUGCUCUUUGGGCUUGCAACUAUGGGGAUGCUAACAUUCAAUCGUUUCCUCAGUCGACCAUAUCCCAACACUAGGGACGGCCCGACGAUACUCUCUUUUCAGCAACAGUUCUUGAUGGAAAGCACCGGCUCGAGAAGAAAGUCUGAUCCCACCAUGUCGGCUGAACCGCGGGUCUCGACGCCAGGCCUGGACGAGAUCGAUGUGCCCUUCCCUUCAGACGACUUUACCGACAACGAUGAAAUUGGCUCUACUCUCACAUCCCCGGGACGUCUGUCACGCAACGGCUCCUUCUCAAAUAGCAGCUCGUACCAGGAGGACUGGGAGUCAUUUCCACCGCUGGACAAGCUGACUGUUUUCGACCUACUCGACAACAUCCAGCUCUCACAGCGCCUGGAGAAAUGGCAGCAGACUAUCGCCAUGCAAAAGGAGAAGGUGCGCAGGCAGCGGGAGAAGCUCAAGUCGUCUUCCUUGAACGCCAAGGAUCGUGUUGUGGGUGAAUGGAAGCGCCGGGCACCGACCGCCGAUGAGAAGCUGGAAAAGUAUCGUUCUCGGAUGAAGCAGGGUGUAGAGCGCCUGGGAAAGCAGUGGAACAAGACGGCGACUGUCACCCUCCGGGAGAAGAUGUCUUUUAUUGCUGGUGUGCUCAAUAUCUUCAUCAGCGGCUACCUGAUUGGUGCUUGCCCGGAGUACUUUUAUAUAUGGUUUAGCGCCCAGUUGGCAUAUUUCAUGCCCAUUCGCUACUUUACUUACCAUGCCAAGGGCUACCAUUACUUCUUGGCCGAUCUCUGCUACUUUGUCAAUUUGCUCUGCAUGCUGAGUAUUUGGGUCUUCCCCAACUCGAAACGGCUUUUUAUCAGCACCUUCUGCUUGACCUUCGGAAAUAAUGCGGCUGCAAUCGCAAUGUGGCGCAACUCUAUGGUCUUCCAUAGUAUGGAUAAGGUUGUUAGUCUCUUCAUCCAUAUCAUGCCACCUGUAACUUUGCACUGCAUCGUACACCUGACUCCGGUUGAGAAACUCAAGGAACGUUUCCCUGCUGUCUACAACAUCAAGUUCAGUCAGCCCGGGGAUCCAGAGCAUUAUGGUCUUGGUGCCAUGAUACUAUGGUCCACGGCCCCCUAUUUGGUGUGGCAGCUCAUGUACCACUUCCUGAUCACCGUGCGCCGCCGCGAUAAAAUCGCAGCGGGUCGCCCGACCAGCUUCACAUGGCUGCGCAAGUCAUACUCCAAAGCGUGGAUUGGACGAUUUGUGCUGAGUCUACCUGAGGCGCUGCAAGAGCCAUGCUUCAUGUUCAUCCAGUAUGGGUUUGCUUUGUCCACAAUGAUCCCUUGCCCGGUCUGGUUUUGGUCCAAAUGGGCCAGCGGUCUGUACAUGUCUGCGCUAUUUGUCUGGAGCAUCCACAAUGGAGCAACUUACUACAUCGACGUCUUUGGAAAGCGCUUCCAAAAGGAAUUGGAGCAGCUCAGGACAGAUGUUGCACGUUGGCAGAGCUCUCCCGAAGGAACCACUAGUCCCUUACUUGCCGCUGAGCCCAGUCCUCUCAGUGAGGCCAUCAAUGCACACAGCGCGGAGAAGCGAUCUAGCGUCGAUCGAAUCCCCUUGUUGGAUACUGCCGAGGCCUCUUCUAUCGAUAUCCAGCAGGAAGGUUUGAACAAAGACUCUCUUGCUAGAGAGCGAAUUUGA